AUGGGGAAUAAUAUUAGUUUUUUUUUCUUUUUUAAAGCAAUUUGUAGGAGAUGUCGUGAACAACUAAAACAAGAAGUGGAAGAACAAACCUCUUAUGCGAUAACUCCAGAACAAAAAGAGGAAUCUUCAACGCCUUCAUUGGCCCAAGCUUUAGAGAUCCACAGCGUCAUUGAGACUGUGCAUUACGACAAGGUUAUACAUGUACAGAAAUUGACUUAUUUUUUAAAUUAAGUGAGGGGAAAGAGAAGGGUGGCGGGCUGGGAAGGGGCUCCGUUAAGUUCCACUGCGUUAACCCCCCUCCUGUUCCCAGGGUUUUUUAUUCAGGGACUUAAUAAUGCAUAAGUAAACAAAUUAAAUGUAUCAAAUAUGAUUUAUUUUUUAUUAUUGAAGGACCAAGUUGCGAAAACCAACGAGAGUGAUGACUCUUUGGUAGACGCUAUCGAGAAACUGACGGUGAUGGACGAUCCAACUAUCAUCAUGUCUGAAAAUGGCAGCUCAAGUACCGGGUCAAAUGAUACCGAGCAACACAGCGAAGCUAAUCGCAGGAGAAAAUUGAAUGAGUUCCUCAGUGCUUGUGGAAAAUCGCAGUCGAUUGGAAAGCCAAAGAAACAAUGGCAAAAUAUGAGCGUGCGAGCGAAAAAAAUCCAUGUCUCGAAAGCUGGAAUUGCAAUUACGUCAGCUCUUGAAGUAAUUACACCUGAUGACGCUGGCAAUCUUUGGCAGGAUGUCCAGGAUUCCCACGUUGUUGACAAAGCUCUUGGAGUACAAUCCCCAUUUGACCAUAAAUACCUUGAAGCGUUGGCAGAAACGUACCAAAAUGCCACAGGAUGUAACACCAGAAAACAAGUACUUGCAAUCAUGGCCGAUUUAGUCUCACUGAAAAAGAUCCAAAAAUACAUUCCAGGACUAACAUCACAUCGCUUUGAAGCGGCCAGAAGGCACAUUCUGCAGCACGGCCGCGGUGCUCCAGUACCGUUAAGCACUGAAGUUAGAGUUAGAAUAGACGACACGCAUUUAGACCACUUUCUGUCUUUCAUAACCAGCCCUCAUGUAGUCCAAGACCUGCCGUUCGGACAACGAUUUGUAAAGCUUUCGGAUGGCCGCAUACUAGAAACGCCAAACGCGAUUCGAUCGAUGAUUCCUUCGAGAAUUUGCGACCAAUAUCGCCAGUACUGCAACGAAACUGGACUGAAAUCCUUCAGUACCUCAACAAUGAGACGAAUCUUAACUGUUUGCCCCGCCACCGUGCGCAAAUCCUUACAGGGACUUGACUAUUUUUCCGCAGACGGCGCGAAAGCAUUUGAUGAUCUAAUAAAUGUUGUCUCAAACCUCGAAAAUUUUGGACGCGACAAGAAAUGGAUUGAUCAAUGCGAGAAGUCAUUAAAGGAUGCAAAGCAAUAUAUAAAAGCCGAUUACAAGGUAUAGAAAAAAUCUUUGUUCUCUAGAUUCUAAUGUUCGCAAUGAUAAAUUACGGGAACAAAAUAAUGGUGGAGAUUUGCCCAUGUUUACUUGAUUCAUUACAGUGAUAAUGAACAUGACACAAUUGCUAUAAAAAUCAUUACGCACUACGAUUUCAUACUGCAUUUAAAUGCCUUCCAAGCGUGCUAUUUGCAUAUUAUUAGGAGUGCUGUUUCGAAAAUGAUUACCUGCCUGCAGAAUGAAAUAUGCGUUUCUUUCUUUUCAUCUUUUCAGGUUCAUGUUAUGGAGUCAAGCAACAUUCCAGACCACUGCAUUUGCCAUGCGUUAAGCGACGAUAAGGAGCCAACUAAAUUUGGCACCGGUAUUGAAUGUGAUCAUAAGCAUGACUACGUUUGCCUAUCCUGUGAAGAGCUCAAAACAGUUUUGGGCGACAUCAAAGAUGCAAUAGCUGAUGCCGAGGACCACCUAACAUCUGUCCAGCAUGAUGAUAUUAGAUUUACAUUCCAAGAAGCCAUUUCAGCAAUUAAUGCCUGGAAAGCUCACCAGCUUCGUUCCAUACAACAGGAUAAAGCGCGAACAGAUAUUCUUCGUGAACUGGGCUCAAAUGAAGUCAUGAUUACACAAGAUUGGGCCAUGAAAUUUCUGCCACAGAAAUACAGGGAAACUCAAUCUGACUGGUUUGGGAAAAGGGGAAUUUCAUGGCAUAUUUCUGUAGUAGUCCGUAAAACGACGAGCGGCCAGUUACUUCAUCAAGUAUAUGUUCAUAUUGUAGCUAACUGUUCACAAGAAAGCAAUGCUGUCAUGGCCAUCAUGGAGCAUACCUUACGAUCAAUGAAGGACGAGAAUCCUGAAAUAACGAAGGCUUACUAUCGGCAGGACAACGCUGGUUGUUACCACAGCGCCGAGACUUUGACUGCUUGUCAUCUAAUGGAGAGUAUAACUGGGAUUAAGGUAAAUAUUACUGAUACGUACUACAACCACUUCACUGUCACUACUACAAUUAAUAGUAAUGAUGAUUGUGAUGAUAAUAAUAGUUAUCAUAUGAAUACUAUUAAAACAAUUAAAACUAAUAAUAAUUAUGCCAAUGAUAAAAGCUGGAUGUAUUUAUUUUGUCGCAGCGGUUGUCAGUGAUACGUUUUUUAUUUCCUUUACUCAUAUAUUUUCAAUUUCUUGAAUCAAAAGGUUGGACGUAUAGACUUCAGCGACCCUCAGGGUGGUAAAGGCCCCUGUGAUCGAAAGGCGGCAACAAUCAAGGCACACAUCCGCCGUUACAUCAAUGAAGGACAUGAUGUUCUGACGGCAAGUGAUCUCCGUGAUGCUAUUUUAUCAAGUGGAGGGGUUCGUGGUGUGCGUGUUGCUCUUGUCGAAGGAAGUUUAAACGCACUGACCGAGGUAGCUAAACUGGAUGGAAUUAGUACUCUCCAUAACUUUGAGCUUGCCAAAGAUGGUCUUACAUGCUGGAAGGCGUACAAUAUUGGCGAAGGGAAAUUCGUGAGCUGGUCUGCGUUUAAAGGUAAGUAUACAACUAUUACGCUGCUUUACUUACGCAUGAUCAACUAAUUAAGUCUUCGGGGCUUUUUCUUUGGCUCUAAGGUGUAGAUGACAUGUACUCAUGUCUCACUACAAAAACAUUAUUGCGAGUAUAUUUAUCUUUCAACAUCAUCUCAUCCGUAGCUUCGCAGACCUUGGGUAUUCCUGUCAUCAAUUCCUCAGUUAGUGAAGGUUCGUUCAUUGCAAUCGUCUCAAAGCCUAAAGCUGUUGUUAAAGCUUCGAAAAAUUCUAAACAAGUUACGAGUGAUGAUGAAAGUGAUGGUGAGAGUGAUGAAGAUGAUACUUCCAAACUGUUCUCCUGCCCUGUUGAAGGAUGUGUGAAAAUGUAUCAGCGCUUUACAUCGCUUGACAACCACCUGCAGUAUGGCAAGUGCAAACUGGAGCAAGAAAAGGAAAGUCUUUUCGACAAAGCCAUUGCACUGUAUCAGGAAAAGCUUCAAAGUCAAGCCCCUCCUCCAUCUCUUGAGUCCUCGCAAGCAGCGAGAACAGAAGACAGUCAUACGUCCCUAGACCGUGGAUGGGCCUUGAAGACCACAAAGAAAGCCGCACGAUUUUCAGAAAAUCAGAAGGCAUUUUUAGACGAAAUGUUUUCAGUUGGACAGGAAACUGCAGGCAAUAAGCAAGAUCCAAACAAGGUUGCACAAGAUAUGCGCCACGCAAGGAAUAUGGAAGGCAGCCGCAGGUUUCAGUUGCAAGAAUUUUUGACGCCUAAACAGAUCCAAUCAUAUUUUUCAAGAAAGGCAGCCAAACUGAAGAAGGGCAAACCGAGUAAGCAACCAUCAGGCCACGACGAUGAAAAAGACGCCGAUGCAGCUGAAGAGGAAACAGCUUACCAGCUUUUAAGGAACGACAUAAUCGAUAAAUGCCAGCUGACCCAUCCUAUUUCGUACAGGUCUAUUAAUCUAUGCGACCUGUACGUAAACCAGAAAAUGAAAAAGCUGGCACUCCCCGUUCUCAAAUCAAUUUGCGAGGAACUGGAUCUUGAUGCUUCAACUCUAAAACCUGGACGGAAGGAUCCAUAUAUCAAGUUGAUUUGCACAGUUUUAAAAUCAUGCAGCUGUGCAAAAGAAGUAUUUGUGUAAAUGCUGUCAUGCACAUAAUUGCCUUUUACUACUAUUGUUGGCAAUCACAUAAAUUCGCAAAAAACGACGAAUUUCUGGAAAUUCCUUGACCUUGUACACUUAGUUAGGAAAGGCGAAAUCAACACAUGUUGGGUUUCAACCAUGCGACUUUAUGUGCUACAAUAUUCAAUAACAAGAGUGCUUUUCGGUGCUGAAGUCCAUACUCAUGCUUUUAUUCAAACUUGAAUUUUUGCCAGAAUGAGUAGUAACGAGGUAUAUUGUGUAGACAACUUUUAUACAUCAAGUUUUUAGCACUUUCAAAGUGGGCGAUUUUUUUUUUUUUCUAUUGACUGAAACAGGCGUCGUUCCUCAACUGACCUCAGUUGUGCACAAUUCUAUCGCCCAUGCACUUCUAGAAUAUUUAGACUGCGAAUAUUCAUCAUUAUUAUUCCAUGCGAUCUAAUUAUAUUUAUACAUUUAUAUUUACAUAACAGUAUAAUACUUAUACACAUUUUUACAUUCUGCACUUGAUAGGCCAAAUAAAAAACAAACCACGAAAAUAAAAUGCAAAUCUUUCAGUGGCGGCGCCAGGCCUCCAAAUUUGGGGGGCAUUUGAGGGGCAAACUCAAAUUUGGGGGGGCAAGAUAGAAUUUUUAAAAAGGUCGCCCCCCCAGGAGAUUCGCCCCCCCUCCCUCAAAACGUGGAAUAUCGCCUCCCAGGGGGGUGGGGCGAAUACCCUAGGAAUAUCGCCCCUCUUUAGGACAUUCGCCCCCCAUAUAUGCGAUGUGGUUUAUUCAAAUAAUUUCGUGAUACUUUCAUCUUAUUAAUGCCUUACACGUUUGAGAAUUUAACUCUGCAAAACUAAAGCUUUUCUGUCUUUUUUUGAAACGUAUUAUUGGAGUAUUGGCAAGUUUUACCAUUCAGAGAUUUACAAACUAAUAUUGAAACUGUAAAAAGUCAACGAAUGGUUUCUGACAGCACUGUCCGAUUUAUUUCGGUAGUUGUGUCACGCAAUCUUCCAGAGGCAAUCAGAACUAUAAACGCACAAGCACUGUUUCAACUCGAAAUCAGCAUUUUGCCAUUUCGCCUUAAACUAAAUAUAUAAAUUAGAUAUUUCUUGAUAACAGCAGUAUCAUGGUAAGAUGUUUAAAGCUUUCUUUAGUCAUUAUUAUUGCUCCGCUGACGGGACAGACUUGAUGUAAUUAGUUAAUAUUAACUGCUUAAAGUAAACAAUAUAGUUUUGAUCGACAUUUGUCUACAUUAGUAUUCCGAACAGAACAGUGCAGAACUGAACAAAGGUUUCGCGCUAACCAGACACUGUUUAUAAGUUGAAACAAGCUAACCAGUAUUGCUAACCAGAUAAAAUAAGUAUCAGACACCAGAUGUAAACGUGGGAAGCCUCACAGAACACCUGUGUAAGUUUAUCUUAUUGAUGUCAUUUAGCGAUAGUAUUGUAAUAUGUAUUUGUUAUAUUUGUUUAAUUUAGAUCGAAUAAGAAUCUAUUAAGAACUAUAAACGAUUCAAUUUCCCCGUUUAUAUCUGAGAACAAGCACGUUGAGCUCAGAACGCCCAAAUUAUCACCUGAAAGGAGUGUUCUGUACAAUUUCCGGAGUUUGAUGCGGAGUGUUGACUAUAAAAGCGUUUCAGUAUGCCCCUGUUCGACCUUCAAACCUGAACAACUAGUGAUUGUGAAAAGUGUGAUUUCGACUUAAAUGCUUUUAGACAGUCAUACAGCAUUAGCUAAAGUAAUAUUUUAACGAAAUAAACGUUUUUGACGAGCUCUUUGGUUAUUAGUAUUGAACGACAUGGCUCGACGUUGUCAUGUUGAUUAUGUAAACAUACGGCUAUUCAGGUCAAAAUAGGGGUAACGAAAAAAUUCGUCAAAAAUUCAAUUCUGAGUUGCCCAAAAAUUUUAUUUGAUCAAUAUCAAGCGAAAACAUAUUUCUUUGACCUGGUUAUAAACUUUUUGUCUGAAUCGAUGUAACAAUGGAGAUAUUCGCUGUCCAAUAUGGUCUAUAAUAAAGAGGUUCGAAAAUAGAAAAAUAUUAAGAAAAUCUGUAAAAUAUUUACUUUUCACAGGAAUGUCUUUAAAUUUCGUCUGCUAAUCAAUAAAUAUCUCUAAUUUAUAAAAACGAAAUCAUAUUUUGUGAAAUAUUCCCAUUAUUGUGCAAAAUAGAGCGAUUUUGGUAGUGCCGUAGAAUGACCUCCGAAAACCGAAAGUGGCCUGGGAAAACCAAUUUCGACGUCUUUCUCCUUAAAUAUUUAUCCAAUCGAAAUAAAACUUUCACAACAUUAAUACUUCAUAUAGGCCUACAUUCUGACAAAGUUUGAAGGAUUUUGAAUUUUCUCAUUUUACACGUCUUACCUGACUAUUACAGACAACCGCUCUUAAAAGCGUCCCAGCCACUGCUAGUGAUUGCAAUGGUUUUCAAAUCUUUCAAUUAAGCGUCAGCCUUCUAAGGGACCGGUCAUUAAAAUUACAAGGGACGGGGGGGAGCUGGUGAAAAAGAGGGGAGGUCAGAUAUUUUUCUGCAUGAAAGGAGGGGGGGGGACAUUUUUGUUCAAUAUGAAUACCUGCCCCGUGACCCCAUCAUAUCAUAUAAUGUACAGGUGAAAAAUAGAGAGCAGUACACCUGUGGUAAGCACAAUGCCAAAUAUUGAAAUCCAAGGUCAUAACAACAUUUAUUAAAAUUUAUUAAACUGAACAUAAAGUAGUAAGUGUACUUAUUUUUUACUCAUUGAGAUGGUUCAUUGCAUGUACAUUGCAUCGGAAUGGCCGUUGACUCGAUUAAUGGUAGAUAAUAUAUAAAGAUAUAUAGGAUAAUAUGAUUAAAGUGGCUUCACAUUGUAUAAGAACUUUAAAUUACGUAUGUCUCUUUUGUUAUUGCAUCCUCAAGUGGGGGGGGGGGGGGCAUAAUUUUAACAUCUAAGUUUUCAUUUCCAUCAGCCCCUCUCCUGUAAUUAAUGAUCGGUCCCUAAUAUGUGUGCUGGAAGAGCACUGAAGACGCCAGACGCAUGCUGGAAUUUGGAUGGUGCAUGGGAGGUUGGGGACUCAACGGGAUUUCUUGCACCAACACUGUACCAUAGAUAUCACAAAUUCUUAUCUUCUAAUUUGCUCAUAUGAUUAUGAUCGCUUCCAUGCCUAUUUUUUAACAGAAUAAGAAUAUAGACGACGAGUUGGAAAUAACGUUCUCUCCAGAUAUGGCCACACCUGUUUGUGAACGAACAACGUUUGACGUUGGAAGUACUGGCAUGAGCCUGUACAAACCUGGCGAGACGUCUUUUACUUCGACUAUUUCAGAAGAUAUAUCAACUACACUGUCUACACCAAGAGAGAAUCUCAAUGCGUUUCUAACCUCAAGAGAUGUUAGCCCCAUAAGGUAUACUUUAUCAGCACCAUUCGAAAACAAGUUGUUACUGCAUGCCUAGAGGAAAUCGUUCCUGGACAAUCAUCCACGCUACUUAAAGAAUUAGCAUGCGACAAGUUGGGCAGUGAUAAAAAUAUUGAUACUUUCUUAUUGGAUGCUUUCACGGAGUUUUAUAAUAACACGAGCCAUUGGAGCACGCGUAGACAGAUAUUGUCUAUAAUGGUUGAUAAGGUCACCUUCGAAGAACUGCAAAAAUGGAUACCAACCUUGACCAGAUAUCGUUUCAAUAUUGCAAAACAUCAUCUGUUGCUUCACGGUAGGGGCGCGGAACUCCCCCAUUUAAAGAAUACGAGAGUUUACAUUCAGCCGGAAAAAAUCGACCAUUUUGUUACUUUUGUUAAAAGCUCGCAUAUCAUACAAGACUUACCAUUUGGAGAAAAAACACUAAAACUGUCCACUCACAGAGAAAUAAAGAUUCCCAACGUUGUGCGCAAUGUUAUGCCAGAACAAUGUAUCCAACAGUACGAAGGAUAUUGCAAAGAGGUGAGCUUCCAACCGAUGAGCCGCAGUACAUUGCGCAGGGUUCUUAAAGUCUGUUCUGCUUCCGCACGUACGUCGUUGCAAGGCCUCGAUUAUAUAUCAGCAAUGGGUGGUCAGGCCUUUGAUGAUCUAGAGAACGUCGUUGACAUGCUUGGAGAUCGUUAUGGCAAGGGUUUGGCAUGGGCCAAACAAACAAACCAAAAACUCAAAGAUGCUAAACGUUACUUAAAAGGAGACUACAAGGUAUAAACAAGUGAAAGCUUAUUGGAUUUUUUGUAGAUUCGCGCAUGUAAGAAUCAUCCUAGAAUAGUUGAUUUUGUAUCUGAUUCAUAUAUUCUUUUUAGAUUCACAUUUCUAGCAAUUCUGAAGUUGCGGACCACUGCAGAACAUAUGCUCUCAGUUUUCCAAAUGAUAAAAAUUAUACCACCAGCUGUGAUCAUGAGCACAAGGGAAAGUGUGAUAGAUGCAGUAUAUUUCCUGAGACUCUAGCUGAUAUUUGCGCAUCUUUGGAAGAAGUAAAUUGCCCUCUUGAAGAGAAAGAAAACAUGGAGUACGUUACUACACAAGCAGCUCAACACAUUAGAUCCUGGAAAGCACAUAUUUUAAGAUCAAUUAAUCAGGACGCAGCACGACACGACAUUUUAAACGUCUUGGAUUCUCAUUCUGCACUUAUCGUUUUAGACUGGGCAAUGAAAUUCAUUCCUCGCAAAUACCGUGAAAGCCAAAGAGAUUGGUUUGCAAAACGGGGACUUCCUUGGCACAUAGCGGUAUUAACAAAGAAGAAUGAUGAUGGCGACCUCCAAGUUCUUACUUUUUUGGACUUGUUUAAGUCUAGUAGCCAGGAUAGUGGCGCUGUUGUUGCAAUCAUUCAUGACGUCUUAAGUCAGCUCUCAACCAUUGCACCAGAUGUGCAUACCGUAUAUCUGCGUCAAGAUAAUGCAGGGUGCUACCACUCUGCAUUAGCUCUGCUUUCUCUGCCAACGAUAGAGAGAUCAACUGGAAUUCAAAUCAGACGUAUCGAUUUUUCCGAUCCCCAAGGGGGAAGGGAGCGUGCGACCGAAAGGCAGUUCAUAUUAAAAAUCACAUGAAUAAAUACCUGAAUUCAGGGAACGAUAUCGAAAAACCCGAGCAAAUGAAGGCAGAAAUCGAGUCCUUUGAAGGCAUCCCAGGAGUGAAAGUAACAGUGUGCGCUCCACCACCUGGUGUCAAGGGAAUGGCAGGGGAAUGGGAUGGUGUGAGUCUCAUUAACAACACAGAGUAGCGCAAUCCUUCCUUUGACCAAUUUCUGUCGACCCCAACGGUACCAAAACUUAUCCAUAGCGAGGAAACCGAGGACACAGUAUCAUUCGUCGCAGUGAAAGCAAGACAACAACCAAAGAAAUCUCGCGAACAAAAUAAUACUGAUCCAAUGGAGGACGAAAGUAACGAUGAAAGAGUCGACACAUACAGCAAAUUAUUUCUCUGCCCUGAACAAGGCUGCAUUAAAUCAUUCCACAGGUACUCUUCUUUAGAAAGACAUUUGCAUUGUGACAACCAUACCUACGUACUAGAGCAUGAAACCCUUUAUGACAAGGCUAUGAAGCGAUAUGCAACAAAACUGGAAGAAGGAUCCAGUAAAAACCCGAUACCAACGGAGUCAGAGAGCGUCGAGUUGCCGGAGCCAGAUAUUGGCCCUGAACUUCAGAUGGGCUGGGCUUUGAGAACUUCCUCUAAAGGAAAGCGGUUUUCCGAUGUUCAGAAGAAGUACCUGGUUGACGUGUUUGAUGCUGGAGAGCAAACAGGGCGAAAAGCCGAUCCAGGUGAUGUGUCAACAGCAAUGAGAUCUACAAGAAACAGCGACGGCUCGCGACUUUUUAACAAGGGCGACUUUUUAACACCGCAGCAGAUUGCAAGUUUCUUCUCACGAUUGGCGAAAAAAAGAAGGGAAAAUACAGCGGGCGAUAAAGAUAAUGAAGAAAGGGGUGAUGGUGAUGACAAUGACUACGAGGAAGACGAUUUAAAUAAGAAAGAUUUCGAAAAGAGAAAAGGACAAGAAAUCGAAGAAUUAUCAGCUUCCUUGAUUGACGCAAUUGGCCUGAAGCAUCCAAUAAUGUUCGAUAGGCACAAUAUUUGUGAAUUAACAAGUCAAAGAAAACUUUCCAAAUUCUCUGUUUACAUGCUACAAGAAAUUUGUUCUUCAUUCGAACUUAAUAUUACUGACAGCACUGGCAAGCGCAAAUUCAAAAAACCGUACAUUGAUUUGCUAGAAAAACUGGUUCAAAGUUGCGGUUGCUGA